AUGGACGAUGACCCCGUAAAUAUAAUCCCACAAGCUUGGUGCUUUAUAUGGAGAUGCGAGAGACUGGAACAAAUCCUUAUCUCUAUGAAAGAAAUAACAACUUCAUUCAUCCCACAGCAGCGUCUACAGGUUCUUCGGAUUGACCUCAAUCAUCUGGACAUUGCUACAGGCAUAACUUCGCCUUCCGAGAAGAUACUUGAAGAUCCAAGCUGGGAUUGGUUUCUAUCUCAAAGAGGAGUGUUCGGAAAAGGAACUUACCGUGCAAACUAUCUACUUCGGCGUGCGUUCAUGGACUACCAGGACUCGAGUAUUCCCGAAUUUUGGCCCCGCGAGCUGUAUGAAACCGAAAUCGAAGAAAAAGAUAAUAAUGAGGAUCCUACUGCCAAGGAGUCGUCCGAUCAACCCGAUAACACUGGCGGCGACAAGGAGAGCGAUAAUGAUAAACCGCAUGAUAAAGAAGUCAAUAAGGGCGAGGAAAUAAACUGUGACAAGGCCAGAGAAGGGGAAACCGUGGAUCCCGAAACAACGGGUGAGAGUGAUGAAGAUGGCGACAAGAGCGAAGAGAGCGGUGGCAAUAAUCGCAAACCAAGUGAUGAAAGUCACGAGAAGAGCGAGAAAAGCGAAAAGGAGGCCGACGACAGCCAUGAGAUGGUGAUUCCGAAAGCUUUGGACCUGGAUAUCCGCAAUUACCGGACAAAUGACUGGUCGGUCUACUGGCACCAAAGACUGUACGAUCUCGAUCUACCAGACAAUGCACACGGAAUCAGUAUCGCCAGGUCAAUGGAGCUAAAUCACCCGCACAAAUGCCAUGCAUGGGCUCUGGUAGAUGUGAUCUUAUGUGGUUACGAACGCCCAUCGACUGCCGAGCUCAUAGCCUUAGCUAGCUGGGGGUUGAGAGGCAUGUUUCGUCAAUUGGAGUCGCUCGCCAACGGAAUUAAGCCAGAGGACGUCCAUAUGCUCAUGUUCGACCAAAGAUGCUGUGCUCGUGUGCUAUACGGCUACUUUGAUGGUAGACUUCAAGUUCAAUUUACCCCGGUCUUGAACUUUAAAGAAUUUACCGAGGUCAGGUCGCCAACCUUGGAUGGUUACAUGGGAAAAAUUGACAAGAAUAAAUAUUAUGACAUGAUGCACUCACUGCUUCGUUGGGCGUGGCCUCUUGGUCAUCAUCUCACCACCCUGGCUAUCGCUCAGCCCUAA